ACGUGGUCCCGGUGUGGGGUGUCAGCUGACUCAGGGCUGCGCGCGCCGCUUCCUAACAGCAGCCGGGUUGUGGAACAGUCGUUAGGCCGUAGCUGCAGCCGUGGGGGACGGCGCCAUGGACGAGACCAGCCCGCUCCGCUCGCCGCUGCAGCCUCCUCCCGACACCUACUUCUCCACCGCCGCGGUGUUACCUCCGGCCUCGUCCUCGGGUUUCGGGGUACGCUGCGCGGCUCCGGCUCCGGCUCCGGCUCCAGGGGCUGGGGUGAGGGUCCUGGGCCCGGCCUCCUCCGCCGUCGCCGUCUCUAGCUCCAACGCCCCCUCGGCCUGCUCCGCCUCUCCGCCCGGAUCCCCCGGCUCCGUCCGCGAGCGGCAGCCGCUCUUGGGCCCCCGCAGCCUCAACGACUUCCCGGAGGAGCCCGAAUUUGCCGAGGUGAUGCGGCGGGCCGAGCAGGCUCAGGAGAUGGGUAUCCACCCGCAGAGAAUCAGUCAGGGCUCGAGUGGCAGCUACUUCAUUCCGGACCCGUCAGGGAAAUUUAUAGGUGUUUUUAAACCAAAAAAUGAAGAACCAUAUGGUCACCUGAACCCUAAAUGGACCAAGUGGCUACAGAAACUGUGCUGUCCGUGCUGCUUUGGCAGAGACUGUCUCGUUCUUAAUCAGGGCUAUCUCUCAGAGGCAGGGGCCAGCCUGGUGGACCAGAAACUGGGGCUUAACAUAGUACCGAGGACUAAGGUGGUGCACUUAGCAAGUGAGACUUUUAACUACAGUGCAAUUGAUCGGGUGAAAUCCAGGGGGAAGAAACUGGCUCUUGAGAAAGUGCCAAAAGUUGGGCAGCGGUUUCACAGGAUUGGUUUACCUCCUAAGGUUGGUUCCUUCCAGUUGUUUGUAGAAGGUUAUAAAGAUGCCGAUUAUUGGUUGCGGAGGUUUGAAGCGGAGCCCUUACCUGAAAAAACCAAUCACCAGCUGCAACUGCAAUUUGAGCGGCUUGUGGUUCUGGAUUACAUCAUCAGGAACACAGAUCGAGGUAAUGAUAAUUGGCUGAUCAAAUAUGACUGUCCAAUGGAUAGUGGCAGUUCAAAGGAUAAUGACUGGGUUGUAGUGAAAGAGCCUGUUAUAAAGAUUGCGGCAAUAGACAAUGGCUUGGCUUUCCCUUUGAAGCACCCGGACUCCUGGCGAGCCUAUCCUUUUUACUGGGCCUGGCUGCCUCAAGCGAAGAUUCCAUUUUCCCAGGAAAUUAAGGACCUUGUUCUUCCAAAAAUUUCUGACCCAAACUUUGUGAAAGAUUUGGAAGAGGACCUUUACGAACUCUUCAAGAAAGAUCCAGGAUUUGAUCGUGGACAGUUCUACAAACAGAUCUCUGUCAUGAGAGGGCAGAUCCUAAAUCUCAUGCAGGCCUUAAAGGAUGGGAAGUCACCGCUGCUGCUCAUCCACAUCCCGCCCGUCAUUGUGGAAACAACUCGAAGCCACCAUCGCAGUAACGACUUGUACACACAGAGCUUCCAGAGCAGAAAGCCUUUCUUUACAUGGUGGUAGCACAACUGGAUGUGGAAAGAGAACACCACCCCUGGGAACAGCUUGCUGGUUGAAUAACCUGAUAAUCCUGGGCCUCUUUCCCCUCUCCAGGAUGUGAGAACUCAGUGGACUUGUCAUAGCUGGAGAGAGAGAGAGAAAACCUUACUUUGUGUUUUAUCCCACAUGUGAUUAUUGCACAAGACUUCACUACAUCAGCAAGAAAUGGUGUGCGAGGGGAAUUAUUGAGUGAUUUGCACUUAAUUCCUUCACCUUCUGUUUCUCUCCACCCCCUCCCCAAAAAAGCCCGAACACUUUUUUCCUUUCUUGUCUACCCUGAAUUCCCCCCUCCCCCUCCACAACAGUUGUUCGUAUAUUCACUUCAUCAGAUGGGUGCUGGGUUGUCUGCCCUCCACUGGACUCUUUAUAGCUGCUGCAGCUGAGCUGAUGUGUGGUCAGGCUACCAGCACCUGUCUUAAGCCGCUCCCCAACCACCUGUCCCUGAAACUGGAAUUUGAUUUAUCUUCCUUUGCACUAAAAUUGUUUUGGUUCAAAAUGCAACCAGAUGCACUUCACAGUGUGCUCUGGUUGUGCUGGUCUAGGAAUCUCUCAAUCCGAUCAUGUUCCUUUCAAGUCUGCUUUGCUGUUUGUGUUUAUAAGAGGGAGAAAAAAAUUAACGUAGAGGACUGCGACAAAACUGAUGCUGUACUCGAGAAGAAAGUCCGGGAAGAAGGUAUCAGUAGCCUCAAGAUCCAGCUGUGGAAGUGGGCGAAUGGUGAACUAGAAGAUGAAUAAGAUAAUAUAAAUCUGCACUCGGUGCAGCCAGUGUUAAUGUGAAUGCCAGCUGGACCAAAAUGUGCUUCAACUUACUGAAUUGGAACCUUCUGCUUUGAAUAUGCAGCAUGAUUUUACAAUUCUAUAUAUUAAAAAAAAAAUCAGUUGUGGCUGGUAUUGAAGCAUCUUUUCCCCUUCCCCAGCCACCUUUCUUUUUACAUCGUCUGUGCUUUAGAGGGGGCUUGGGGCAUUGGAAAAGAUAUGCAUGUGAAAUGACUGUUAAGCUACAUAGCCGAGGUAAUUGUCAAGAAGAAAUAAUCUAACCGAGAAGCCAAUACCGCAUGUUUUUUUUAAAAAUGCCAGAAGAAUGGCUAACAGACAUUGCACAACGUGCAAGUAGCUGUUCUGUGUACUCAGUAUAUCAUGGCACCUUGCUGUGACCUACAGGUCUGCUGAGUAGAUUCAGAUUUGGGCAGCUGCUGCAUUUCCUUUUCCUUGCCCUUCAGCCUAACUGCAUUUCUUUUUCACUUUCCCGAUUCCACCCACUUGCACUUUUCUUUUGGAGAAAUGAGAUGAGUCUGUUUUAAACUGGAGAGAGCAGUAGGCUGAACAAAUCAUUAACUCCUACUUCUGUCUUCCUCAGUCUGCCCCCCUCCAAAAAAAAACCUGGUUUCCCUGCUCUUGCUGCUUUCAAUCUGACCAUGUGGGAGAUGCCUGACCUCUGGGAGGGAUGCUGGGGUGAGCGUGUAAGAAAGCAACAGAUGAAAACUUCUUUAAACUUACGGUUAUUCUGAGAGCUGACCUGCUUUAAUGUCACCUAAAACAGAAAAUUAAAUCUUUGUUUUCAUUUCCUGGCUAGACUGAACAACUGCAACUCUACUCUAUUUGAGAGAAAAGGAGAUCAAUGAUGGGUCACCAUUUGUGGUGCCUGCUUUCUGUUACCCUCUCUGCCCCCUACUGGAAAGACUACUGCACAUACCCUUAGUUCUUGGCUUGAACUAUUCUACUGAAUUAUGUGAAGGAUCAGAUAUGGGUACUUACCUCUUGUAACUGAUCCAUGUCUCGUGUGGUAGCAACGGGGUAUGUUCAAAUGCUUGCUCGUUCCUGAGUUUCAUUUGGAAUUGGGAUUCCUUCUAGUCACUGAGCAGUAGUGGGUAGAGUUCCUUCUGGUCACUGAGGGGUGAGUAAAAUUAUUGUCAUUCGUUCAUCCCAAAACUCUAAGUCGGAGCAAUUAACACAAACAGCUUGUGGGCAAAACCAAAAGGACCUACUCGAAUCAUGUGAAUGGUAAGUGAAGCUAUUUUAACAAAGGCCUCCACUUUGAGCACAAGGUCACAAAAAGAAAGGAAACUACAGCACUGACAAAUAUGGCUGUUUUGGGUUUAGUUUUUAUUUGAUUGUAUUAAUCAGAAGGCAAUUUAGCCAGGUGAGUUGGGCAGCCGUGUUAUUUUGAAUGUUGAGGUCUUUUCUCUCAAUAUUUAGCUUUGAGACUAUCUUGCAGCUGAAAGUGUGCUUGGCUUGAGAUUUCUUGCUAGUUUACAUUUGUGCUGAGCUCUGCAUCACCUGUUCACUUGCCAGGUGACAGGCUUUAUUUACACAAACCAGACCCUCAUGAAAAUAAAUGCCUUAUUUUUAAGCUAUUUUGAAUCUGUAGUUGCAGCUACAGUAUGAACUGAAGGUUUUAACAGCGCGGUGUUCUUGGAUGUUUAAACUUAAGUCCAUAAGCAUGCUAAAAUUUUUCUUUUGUACUUCAGCUGAUGUCCCUCUAGAGCCUCCAGGACAGGAUUUUUAAAAAAAAAAACAAUCCAGUGCCUUCACACUCUGGUGCUUGCGUGAGCUAAAUGCUGUGGAAGAAUGAUUAGGUUGAAGCCCAAGAAUAGCGUGUACAACCAGCCUGUCAUGAACAUGGUCAGGCAAUCGAUCCUCUCCCCUACCCACCCUUAAAGUAACUACCACUUGUGUCUAAAAGGGACUCUGGCUUCGGGCAAGGAGGUUGGAGGCUGCAGCUGUAUAGUGGAUGACUAUAUAUGGUAAAAUUCUUGAAUGAUUCUUCAUUCUGGUCCAUUUAGGACUGAUUUUUAAAUUGAUUACCCCAUGGGUUGUUAUUGUCCUUGCAAUAGCUGAAGUUGCCUUGUUAUUUAAUGAUUUUUGAGGUGGGGAGUGAGGUUAGAAACCAAUAAAGUUGAGCAGACCUUAAGUGAGUAGUGAGAUUUUUAAUGUUAAUUUUGUAAUGCAUCACUUUUAACAGUUGAGGCUGAGGUAACUGGGGGAGGUGGCUAAAACUAAUCUAGGUUAGAGGCCGAAUGUGAAUUCCUGCUCCUGAUCACUGUUGAGCAGCCAUGGCAAGAAAAUACGUAUGGAGGUUGGUCCGAAUCCUCUUGUGUUCAGACAACCUGCCAACACUACUUGUGGUUGUGCAUCACCAUUUGGAUCAGGUGCUUGAGGUCACAAAAGCCAUGCCUUUUGGGGUGAGUGAGUAAAGGACAAUUACUUGUACUAUGGGCUCUGUUGAAGCCACAUCAAAAUUGUCCCUUCGGUGUGAGAUUCCUCCCCUCACUGCACCCUUCUUACUGAGAACGCUGGAGCACAGUGAAGUGCAGUCAGGCAUUGCUAGGAAUGAUCCUCAUCAUGACAUAGUUCAGUGGGUUGAGUAGUCCUGUCUAUUGACUUGUCAUUUUGUGGGUUUUCCUCCAUUUCCUUAUGCAUACCUCACUGUCCUUAGCAGAAUGCAUUUAAAAAUGAAGGAAUGGGGCCCCAUGAAUCCGGCACAACAGUUCACAUUAGUCUGUCUUGAAGGAAAGUUGAUUUUAAGUGGCGUGUUUUACAAGUGGCAUGUUAAAUUGUUCUCUAACUUUUUAAAAAAACUGCCUGCAGAUCUGCGGCUAACUUAUGAGCAUCACCUGUGAAUUAUCGGGCCACUGCAACUUAAAAGGGAGGCACUUCUUUCCUCCCAUUUAGUCUGUUGAAACAUAGAUGAUAUAAUAUUAAUCUGAAUGAGGUUUGAGAUUCAGUACAGACCUCUUCCUCCCCCUGCCACCCCAUCCCUUUCUGCAUUUUGAGUUUUCCAUUAUCUCCUCCUACCUGAGUAGCAUACAGCAGGACUGAAUCGUUAUUGUGCAGUCAGAGGAAAAAAAGUGAUAGCAUUUGUUUAAAGGCCACAGGAAUGUGUGUGAAUCAAAUACUUAAGGGAUUAUGCAUUAACAUGGUCUUUUGCUGCUCAAAUCUUGUUCCAGUCAGAAUAAUUGCAGAUAAUAGCCUGUAAAGAUCCUGUUUCAUGUGCUUCUGUGUCACACACAAUGUGACUCACUGUCUGACUGCAAUCUCUGGGAAGAUUCUAGAAGUAUGUAAAAUUUUGGGAUCUCUAAGCCACCAGCCCAAUUCCAUUUUGUCAGAUGAUUCUUUUGAACUAAAUUGCAUCUUGCACUCCUAGUUUAACCACUACUGCACUGAAAAUACAUUGCAAUAGUUUGGGUCCAGUUGCUUCCUUUUGCGGUCUGUGACUUGCACAGGGAUGUAUUUGAGCUUCUUUUAAGAAGAAAAUUCACUAGAACAUGAGCUGCUGAUGAACUUUGUUUGCAAUAUGUAAGUAACACUGUCUUAGGAUCUGAUGAAGUUUAGUUUGAUCUGGAUGCUGAUGAAAAUAUCACAAGAAUACUUGGUUUGCACUGUUGUUUAACUAAAAUUCAAAUCUCUCUGUCAGCUUUUAAUUAACCAGUGACCUAUUUGUUUUUCUCCCUGCUCUUGAAUUCACCAGAAAUCUUUCUCUCUCCUCCCUACAAGCAUGGGACUCUAGUUUACUGCAUUGGAAGGUGUAAAGUUCUGUUUUUAGUUGCAGUAAAUCAAAAUUUGGAGAUUAUAGAUGUUUCACAACUUGGUGGCAGAGGGAAGAAAGGAUGGUAUAGUUUGAGGCAGACCUCAACUUGUAUUGAUGAGCACUUCCCAAAAUCCUUUUUUUUUUCCCCCACACUUGAGGGACUUGCACUGCACUUGUUUCUAUCCCAUGGUUUGGUGUGUUUAAUCACAAGUUGCACUCAUGAUUGAAGACCCACUCUGUUCCCUCGCUGUUCCACUUUUUUACCUCUUCAUUUGGGUAGUUGUUAGUCUUAAGUCUAUGGCCUCACUCAAGUCUCAAGACUGUACUUGGUCUAUCUUGGUUACUUCUGAAUCAUUAUUUUCUUGUCUCCUGGUGUGUGUUUCUAGCGCCAACCUGCAUAGCAAAUGGGAACUGUGUGGAAUCUUGCUGUUAGAAAUCUCAUCCAUCUGCAGAGCUGAUUCUCCUCGACCAGUAGCUGUAAAUAACCAAAAUAAGUUGCUUGCUGAACGGUACCACCUGUGUUGUACUCCCAAGGUUUUGUUUUUAAUAACUUUCUUUAUUCAUAUUCUAACUUUCUCCACCAUAUCCCAGAACAGUCAGUCCUGGUUGGGCUUAACCAAAAAAUACCAACUGAGUAUAAUCCUGAGCUGUACCCACCCAUUGUCUACACAUCUGAGUACAGGUCCUUUUUAAUGAGAAUUUGGGCAACUUCCUUCCUACCUUGGAGGAUCCAAGAUCUGUUCUUUUACCAGAGCAGCAUGGGAUCCUGGGACAGCAAGGCCUUGCUUUGUAGGAUGGCUGUGGUGAAGGAAGUUCUGUUGAUUGUUUCGUCUGUAAAAUCUCUGGAUCGUGCAUUACUUCUGGCAGAAUUGAAUUCUUCUAACUGAGGACACGCUGGUCAAGAAAUCCCAUUUGGAUAAACUGGCCAGUGAGAGGAGAUCUGCUUCAUGGUGUUCCUCGUGACUGAUCUUCAGUCACACAAGUGGCAAACCAAUCCCCAAUUUUUCUUUGUCAUUGAACCUGUGAACUUAUUGCUGUAUGUAGAUCAAAGCUCAAGUCAUAAGCAUUUGAGCAACAGUGCUGCGUUAUUGACUGGAGAAACAUGUUUACAAUACUGUCAUGGUUUUUUUGCCUUGUAGGGAUUGAUUUCUGACAAGAUAUUUCCCAUUUAAGCUAUAAAGUAGAAAGGAAUGUAAGGCAUCAACCUUAUGACUCCUCCCUGAGGGAUGGCCUAAAUAGCUAGGAGCCUCUAGAUGGUCACAGUCUACCCAAAGGAACAUAUUUUCUUCUCCACUUCCUUCAGAUGUCUGGAGUCCAGGGGCCCACUUUCAGCACAGUUGAUUGUUCUACACCUCAACAUUGUCCUUUUUUUUUUCAUCCAAUCCCCCUCAUUCUGACCUUUUUGGCUUCUCCUAGUCGAUCUCACUCUUUUCUCCCAGCAGCGAUCCUGUCUUAGUUAUGACCAACAUCCUGGCAUUGAAACACCAUUCAUGGUAACAUGGGAAUGGAAGGACAAACAUCCAUUCAGUCUGAACUGCUGCAUUCAGUACAAGUAAAUACUAAUAAAUAUUCUGCAGGGAUAUGCCAAGCAUGGGCCCUCAGUAUAGCACUACUAGGCUUUAUUGGACCAUCUACAUUGCUCAUCAGAGGAAUUAAUAACAAGUAAUGAUUCUGCCAGUUGAAACCUGCUUUUCUUUGCUUGGACACUGACUAUAACGUACUGUUCUGAUAAAGCACUGUAUACUCUGUAAUGUAUUUAAAUAUAUAUAUAAAAUGAGAAUCAAAUGA